CUCUAGGGUAGGUAUCAGGGUGGUUAUCCAGGUCAGUCUCCCCUUAUCUCUAAAUGCUAAACAGAACAGGCAUACCAGCAACACCAGCCACUGUAUGAUGUCAGUAACAUUCAGAGAUUUGAACCCUUCAAAGACUGGUGGGGUAGACCCGAAGAGCUGGGUGAAGGGUUGUGGAAAAAUUUCCCCCGGUGUCAUUUCUUCACAGUAGGUACUGUUGUUAAAGUAACCACAGAAACACACAGUUAGUGUAUGAUAGCCCUGAAUCCAUGUGCCUGCCUUCCAGAGGAAAUUAAAAAUCCACAAAUUCCUCACUUUGUUAACCCAUAUAGCAAACUGGAUGACAGCCACAGUAGCCUUAGUUACAGGGCCCAUGUUUAGAAAAGGGCCUGCAAAUGGGAGGAAUAUGGUGGCCACCACAUGCCACCCGAACCAGGUUAAGCCAGACCACAUGAUAUCCAGUACACAAGAAUGUAGGCACUUAAGAACUGUUAUUCCUUUUUCUCUCAAUGCCCUCGUGCCCACAAUUUGGGUACCAAAUUCUGUCUUGGUUUGAAAAAGACAGGUGUCUGCUAGGGAGAGGCCGGCCUCUCUAGGAAUGAGGGAUGCAAAUCCUUCCCUCCGUGUUAUUAUAAUUUGGAAGAUUAAAAAAAAAAACAAAACAACUUUUCAGUCAGAGCUAUGGGGAAAAGGAAUGACAGUCCUUUACUAGUAAAUGUAACAGGACAGACAAACAACAACAGCAAUUAUAAUAAUAGUAAAACAGAACCAAGAACCCCGAGGGGCAAACGGUGGAAGCUCCGGCGCUGAUGGCUGGAAGCUGGAAGUGGAGGAUUGUCCUUGGCAGGCAGGGGUGUGUCCUGGCAGGCAAAGUGGGCAGUGCCAGAGAAGCCGCAGCGGCUGGACCCAGGCUGACCCAAAAUCCAGCAGGGCAGCAAAGAAACUCCGAAUUCCUGGGUGCUCCAACAGAUGAUCGAAUUCCCAGGACCAGACUCCUCCGUUAACCGUGGACUCCACGCAGCUCUCAGUCGCCUGACCGUCCUCCCCAGAAAACCGAGAGCAGUGAGCCCACCACCCUCAGCUCCCCGGAGCUUUUUUCCCUCCCCCAGAACUAAGUGAUCAACUUUCCUUUGUUCGGGAUUUUUCAUUCCCAAGGAGUGGCCGGAUGGAGGAGGAGGAAAAGCCCCGGAGAUGCCGCACAAGGAGCGGCUGCAAACCCAGCGCAGGGAGCUGCGAGGAGCAAAGACCCGUCCUGUGCCAGGAGGGCGGCCGGAGAUCCAGCCAGAGCUCCGAGCUGGUGGAGAAGCCUCAUGGAGGGGAGAAGCCCCACAAGUGCUUGGAAUGUGGGAAGGGUUUCAGCCGGCGCCUGCACCUGAUCCAGCACCAGGUGAUCCACACUGGGGAACGGCCCUAUGAGUGUGGGGAGUGUGGGAAGAGCUUCAACCACAGCUCUGGUCUGCUCCGGCACAAGAGGAUCCACACCGGGGAACGGCCCUACAAGUGUGGGGAGUGUGGGAACAGCUUCAGCCACAGCUCCAACCUGAUGCUACACCAGAGGAUCCAUAGUGGGGAAAAGCCCUACGAGUGUGGGGAGUGUGGGAGAAUCUUCAGCCGGAAGGGCAACCUGAUGCAACACCAGGUGAUCCACACUGGGGAACGGCCCUAUGAGUGUGAGGAAUGUGGGAUGAGCUUCAGGCAGAAAAGCACACUUACGCAACACCAGAGGAUCCACACUGGGCACAAGCCCUAUGACUGUGUGGAAUGUGGGAAGAGCUUCAGGUACAGCUCUGGCCUGAGGAAACACCAGGUGGUCCACACUGGGGAAAAGCCCUAUGAGUGUGGGGAAUGUGGGAAGAGCUUCAUCCAGAGAUUCCAGCUGAUGGAACACCAGAGGAUCCACACUGGGGAAAAGCCCUACAAGUGUGGGGAAUGUGGGAAGAGAUUCAGAGGAAGCUCAGCCUUUAUCCGGCACCAGGUGAUCCAUACUGAGGAAGGGCUCUACACCUGCUUGGAAUGUGGGAAGAGCUUUGGAUGGAGCUCCAGCCUGAAAUACCACCAGCGCAUCCACACUGGGGAGAAGCCCUACGAGUGUCCCAAGUGUGGGAAGAGGUUUCGGGUCAGGUCCACUCUUCUCGUGCAUCAGCGGAUUCACAGAGAGGAGAGGCCCUUCCGCUGCCUCGACUGCGGGAAGGGCUUCAAGCUCAACUCACACCUCACUGUCCACCGGCACAUCCACACCGGGGAGAGGCCCUACAAGUGUCCUGAGUGUGGGAAGAGCUUCUCAAACAGUUCUAUCUUGAGUAAACACCGACGGCGGCACCACUAAGGGAAGCCCUGCGAGUGCCCCAAGAGUGGGAAGAGCUUUGUGCGCUGCUCCAGCUCCAUCCCUCAUGGGAGGAUCGGCUUUGGAUGAUCCCCAGUGACCCCCGUUGGGCAGAGCCCUGGUGGUCUGUGAUCCUGGUGAUCUCCUUUGGGUGGGGGGAAGGUGUUGAAGAGAUUUCUUUCCCUUCUCCUGUGGGACUUGGCCAAGCCGAAACAUCUAUAAACUUAAGGCCGAGGGAAACCCCUUACUAGUGAUGGCAAGUAGUAAAGGUUCUUGGGAAUUUACAUGUCAAUGAAGUUGUUCCAUUUACGUUUUUAUGAUUGGUCAGUUAUCUUGUACAAAUAUGGUUAUCUUCCCAGAGUGAGUGUCUGACUGGACCCUUACCCUCAGACCUACCCUGUAUAUUGUCAUGUUUUCCUCAGUUCCGUGUCUUCCCUGGGUUACCCCCACGGAGUUCUCCUGGGUACUGUGCACAGUUUUUGGGUACUGUCCCUAUUUUCUUCUUUCUGUUAUUAAAGUAUUG